GAGCCGUGGGCAGGCCGCAGUUUCCACGGCAUUUCAGAUUUUGAACAUUUCAACUUUCCCUCCAAAUCAUGUCCAAGGACAGGGUAACACCGGAAGGGCUUUCCCCGAGAGUCCCCACCAGGAGCGGGAGUGACCCCCUGCAGAUCACAGACAGGACCUUCUUCAUCGAUGCCUCCCGGCAGAGCUUGACUCGCUUUCCCUGGGAGAUCCUGACGCUGAGAGAACUGGAAGAGAUCCAUUUGGAAGAGAACCAGAUCGAAGAGAUCCCCGCAGACAUCCAGCAUCUGAAGAAUGUCCGGGUCCUCUACCUGAACAACAACCAGGUGAGGAGCCUGUGUCCCGAGCUGGGGAAGCUCAGCAGCCUGGAGGGCCUGGACCUGAGCUCCAACCCGCUGCUGCUGUCCUCCCUGGGGGUCCUGUCCUACCUGCGCACCCUGCGCGAGCUGCGCCUCUACCACACCGGCCUCAGGGACAUCCCCGUCCCCCUGUGCAAAGCCCUCCAUCACCUCGAGCUCUUCGGGCUGUCCAGCAACCACCUGGAAUCUCUGCCCAAGGAAAUCGUGAACCAGACCAAGCUGAAGGAGAUCUACCUGAAGCAGAACCAGUUCAAGGUCUUCCCUCCCGAGCUCUGUGCGCUCCGCAACCUGGAGGUCAUCGACCUGGACGAGAACCAGCUCACGGCGCUCCCGGAGGAGGUGGGGACCCUCAAGCACCUGCACAAGCUCUACCUGGCCCACAACCACCUGUCCAGCCUGCCCGAGUCGCUGCACCUGUGCGGCCGCAUGGCCGUGCUCGAUCUGUCCUACAACCUCCUCCACUCCCUCCCGCACAACCUGGAGGAGCUCGUGGAGAUGACCGAGGUGGGCUUGAGUGGGAACCGGCUGGAGAAGUUGCCCCGCCAGGUCUGCAAGUGGCCCGCGCUGCACCUGCUCUACCUGCGCAGCUCGGGGCUGCGCUCGCUGCGCCGCUCCAUCCGCAGGCUGGUGAGCCUGAGCCUCCUGGACCUCAGCCAGAACCACCUGGAGCACCUGCCCUCCCAGCUCUGCGCGCUCAGGAGCCUGGAGAUCCUGGCGCUGGACGACAACAACCUGCUACAGUUACCUUCAGAGUUGGGCCUGCUUUCAAAACUGAAGGUACUUGGACUCACAGGAAAUGAGUUUGUUGCCUUUCCAGAGGAAGUGUUUUCUUUGGUGUCUCUAGAGAAAUUAUACAUCGGACAAGACCAGGGAAACAAGCUCACCUAUUUGCCAGAACAAGUUGGGAAACUGCAGAGUCUUAAAGAGCUGUACAUAGAGAACAAUUACCUCGAGUACCUUCCCAUAUCCUUGGGGUCAUUGCCUCAUCUAGAAGUUCUUGACUGCCGGCACAAUUUGCUCAAACAGAUCCCAUAUAGCCUUUGCCAAGCACAAGAUUUGAGAGAGCUGCUGCUGGAGGACAACUUGCUCACACAGAUUCCAGAAGAUUUUGACAACCUGGUAAAUCUUAAGGUUCUGACCCUGACGGAGAACCCCAUGGAAGACCCCCCACAGGAUGUGUGCGCUGGAGGCAUUGAGAGCAUCUGGAAGUACCUGAAGGAGAAGAAAGCCAGGAAGAUAAUGGCAAUCAAGAUUCAGGCAUGGUGGCGUGGGGUCAUGGUGUUCAGAGGCAUAGGGAGAUUCGAAGAACUACUAAAACUGCGAAAGAAAGGAAAGGCCUCUCCAAAAGACAAAAAAGGCGCAGCAGCAAAGAAACCAGGAAAAGGGAAGCCUGGAAAGGGAAAUAAAAAAUGAUAAUUCUGUAAAUCAACGAAUCAGGGGUAUGAGCCUGAAUGGAUG